AUGGAAAAAGCUGAAAGUAUUGGUGGUGUGGAUACUAGUGGGUUUGGAAUGUAUAGCAGUGGCACCGGCACUGGAGCCAUCACUGGCGGCGGCUUGCUCCCUAAUCAGUAUGCUACCACGCCCACGGCUGUUCAGACACAGCUCCCCUGCUCCCCUGCUCACUCCGAGAUCAAAGAGAGAGUCGUGGCUGCUUCAGGUGCAGGUGAGACCACGGGGUCUGAUGAUGGAAAUGGAGAGGAGGGGGAGACGAAUCAUGCGAAAAAAGGACUUAUGGAGAGGAUCAAGGACAAGCUGCCCGGUCACCACCACCACCAUCAUUAG